AUGGCUAGUUUAGUUUUAUAUUUUCUUGGUCAACCAGAAACAAGAGCCUUCCUCACUCUUUUUCUUUCAAUUAUUAUUCUUCCUCUAUCAGCAUUUUCUGCACCUUUAAUUCCUCAUUUUAUUUGGACACUUGUUCGUUCAUCAUAUCUUUUUAUUGGACUUUAUAUUGUUGCCGUUUGCUGUCUUGUGCGAUGGAUUGCUCGUGGUGGUCAAUAUGAUGCUCUUAAGACAAAGGAUCUUAGUGGAAAGACUUAUUUGAUCACUGGAUCUGCAGGAGGUAUUGGAAAACAAACAGCACUUGAAUUGUCAAAGCUUGGUGCUAAAGUAGUACUGUUUGCACGACCUGGCAACUUACAACAAACGAUCAAUGAUGUUAAAAAAGUAGCACGAGAUCCUAAACUCGUAAGUGGUUAUCCAAUUGACUUAUCCGAUCUACUCUCAAUCAAAACUGGUAUCGAACAAUACAAAAGCAGCGAAGGCGAAGACGCUCCAAUUACUGCUUUGAUCAAUAAUGCUGGCGUAGCGGCUUGUCCACAUUCACUUACAAAGGAUGGUUUCGAAAUGCAAAUGGGUACUAAUCAUUUUGGUCAUUUUUAUCUUACUAAAUUACUUCUUCCUCAAUUACUUAAAUCGAAAUCGCGUGUUGUUAAUGUUUCGUCAUUAGCUCAUGUCAUGCAGCAAGUUGCAUGUACACCUGAAACAUAUGCUCAACAAGUAAACAAACAAACUUAUAAACCUUGGAAUGCUUAUUCAAUGAGCAAAACAGCAAAUAUCUAUUUUACUCAAGAAUUACAUCGUCGUUUCGGUGCACAAGGUCUCAAAGCAUAUGUUCUUCAUCCCGGUGGAGUCGAUACAGGGCUAGCAAGACAUUUGUUUUUCUCUCAACUGCUCUUUGCACCUCUUCGAAUGCUUCUUUUCAAGACGCAACUUGAAGGUGCUCAGACAAAUCUAUUUUGUGCUGUAUCAGACGAUGUCAUAUCAGGAAAAUAUUAUUCAGAUUGUCACGAAACUGAAUUAGGUAACCCACAUGCACUCAAUUCAGAACGAGCACGUGAAUGGUGGGAAUAUUCGGAGAAGAUGGUGUCAGAAAAGAUCAAAGAACGUCAAUAA